AUCGGACAACGCGAAACUAUGAGGACUACAAGCGUCUAACAUCACGUAUAUAAAAAGAAAUUCCACCAGAUUUAGUUUAGUUUUGGUAAUUCUUUUUGCACAACACGGUCGGAAUGUUGCGCGUCAGUAUUCUAACCAUAUUCAUAGUGUUGUCGGUGAGCUUCACCGUCUCAUAUUCAGCGCGAAUUUUGGGAUUAUUUCCCUCUCAUUCGAAAUCGCAUUUGAUUGUUCAUAUGAAUACAAUUCGGCCGAUGAUAGAACGCGGUCAUGACGUAACUAUUGUUACAACGAUAUCAGUGAAAGAGCCGAACCUGAAAUUCCGCCAUAUCAAAUUGAAGCAGCCAGAUAUGGACCAAAGCGCGCUAUCCCAAGAUACGAAAGGAUUGUUCAAAACGAUGAAGUUGAUGAUGAAAGUCUCGAAUGACUUAUUGGAUGUCACUAACAUGACGUUAAACGAUCCAGAGAUGCGAAGAUUGAUGAGAGAAGAGUCAUUUGAUCUAGUCGUUCUAGGAUAUUUCAUCAAUGACUUUCUCAUCGGCGUUGCUGGCCACUUCAAAUGUCCACUCAUUAUUAAUUGGAUGGGACCUCCAGUGCAGCAUUUAGCCGCCCUAGUGGGCAAUCCCUCAGAGGUAUCUUAUGUUCCAGAUUUGUUGACUGGUCUGCAGCAGCCAAUGGCCUUUUUUGAACGGGUCAUAAACUAUGUGUUUUCUUCAGUAGAACUUCUGGUGUACUAUUAUUUCAACUAUCGAAUGGAUCAAUAUUAUAAAUAUAAUUUCCCACCGGACAAAUAUCCGUCUUAUGAGGAAAUGAAAAAGAACGUUUCGCUGCUUUUUGUGAACACUUAUUUAAGUCAAGGAUAUAUUCAGCCGAAUGUACCAGCAAUCGUACAAAUUGGAGGAAUCCAAAUCAAGCCAGAACCCGAUCCACUACCACAGGACCUCAAAGAAUUUUUAGACAGCGCGUCAGAAUCGGGGGCCAUUUACUUUUGCUUAGGAUCAAAUAUUAGUGCGGACUAUCUUACGCCGGAAUUCGUCGAUGUAAUAUUCAGAGUACUCUCAAGUCUCAAACAGAAAGUUAUUUGGAAAUGGGAUUUGGAGAAACUUCCAGGGGAGUCCCCAAAUAUUCUUUACAAGAAGUGGCUGCCGCAGGACGAUAUUCUUGCCCACCCAAACCUCAAGCUUUUCAUUACUCAUGCUGGCGGCGGAGGAGUUGCAGAAGCCCAAUAUCAUGGUGUUCCAAUGGUAGCAAUGCCCUUCUUUGCCGACCAAUUUUCCAAUGCAAAUAGGUUGCAAAAGGCCGGUCAUGGUGUAGUUGUCGAUCGGGCAACUCUGACAGAGCAAUCGUUUCGAAAAGCUAUUCUGGAAUUGCUAAACAAUUCAUCUUACAGCGAUAAUGUUAAGACCUCUUCCAGACUGUUUAGAGAUCGACCAUUGAGUGCUAAGGAUACGGCUGCUUACUGGAUGGAAUAUGUUUUAAGGCAUAAAGGAGCAAAGCAUAUCCAGAGUCCGGCGGUUCACAUGAAUGCAAUACAAUACUAUGGACUUGAUGUUAUUGCUUUCCUCAUUGGUGUCGUUUAUGUUGUCUGGAAGGUGUUUAAAAUUAUUUGGAAGAUGACUGUAGGAGCCUUAUACAGAAAGCUUUUUAUGAAAAAUGUUAGUUCCAAGAAAAAAAAUCAAUAGAAUUUUAUACUAAAGGUUAAUUUAAGUUAAUUCAAAUUAAUUAAUUCUGCAAAUAAAUACAAGAA